AUGCCAAUUUGCGUUGAAUGUCGCUACCCAGUCAAGACACUCUAUACUGAAUACUCAGGAGCCAACGACAAGUCCAGCGGUCAUGGUGUCCGCCUCACGGUGUGUAAGAACUGCGGGCGCUUCUGUGAUAAAUAUGUGGAACACGACUUCGUAGUACUUUUCAUAGAUCUAGUCCUCAUAAAGCCGCAGGUGUAUCGUCACCUUCUUCACAAUACUUUGAUGAGGGAGAAGGAUCAAUUCGAUCCAUCUAUAAUUCGUCUCGGAAUUCUCUUACUGCUCUUUGACGUCUAUCUUACCUGGGCGCGAAUAGAAAAACAAACAUCGUCCUAUCCCACGGAAAACUCUACGAAUCUGAAUAAUUUUCUUAGGCUCGCGCAGAAGCCGAUAAUUUUUCAAUAUGUCUUUUUUCUAGUUUUGUGCGCUUUAUCAACCCUAGCGUUUCAUUUCUCCAUCCGAUUUCUCACAUCCUCGCCCCUAUCCCCGCUCGUCUUGCUGGGGCUUUUCCCUAGAUACCCCCGUCCGAACUCUGUGAGCACUGCUCUUUUGGUUUCGAGCUGCACAAAACUCUUUCCGAUACUAAUGGUCAUCUGGGAAUACGAUGUGCCUGCCGCCGCAAGAUCAUUAGGAUGGGCUGUCGUCGCCAAUAAUGUCGAGGCGUUGAGAAUAUUGCUAGACUGUAAUUAUGGAACAGCUGCCAUCCUGGCAGCAGUAGGGGCUAUUACUCGUUGGAUGAUUGGGAGAGGAAUCUUGUGGAUUGUUGGCUUGCACGGAGUUGACUCGGUUGGGGAUUCUGGGGUGGCCGCUGAUGGAAAGGCAUUAUGGGCCGUGGUGGAAUUAGGGAGGGAAUGGGGAGGGAGACUUGGACUGGGGUAG